AUGGUCCUUCUUUGACAUUGAUGAUUACUCCGUAGAUGACUUCUGUGGCCUUGUAAUGGCAGCUGGAAAGUCUGGAAGUUUCAGGAUGAUGGAGCCUCUAAAGCAUGCAUCUAAGAAGUCUCGAAGAGAUAGGAGCCGGGGAAAAUCAUCUGGACGGUCCUCCAGUGAUGAAGCUAUGGAACAACAAAUUUGGAAAGAUUUGCCCGAGGAUCUACUUGAGCCUGUGAUUGCAAGACUUCCCAUUGCAACAUUUUUUCGCUUCCGCACUGUAUGCCAGCGAUGGAAUUCCUUGCUGACUUCUCAAAGUUUUUCUCGGCAUUAUGCUCAAGUCACACAAGCAAACCCAUGGUUUUACACUGUAACUCAUGUGCAUGCAAAUUCUGGAGUCAUGUAUGACCCUUCCAUGAAGAAGUGGCACCAUUGCACUACGUCAACACUGCCUGCAGAAUUGAUAGUUUUACCGGUGGCUUCUGCAGGGGGUCUAGUUUGCUUUCUUGACGUAUACCGUCACAAUUUAUAUGUUUGUAACCCAUUGACUCGAUCCUUAAAGGAGUUACCAGCUUGGUCAGUUAGGGUUGGGUCUCGUGCUGCUAUAGGAAUGAUAGUAAAUGGGAACUCAACUGGUGCUGGCUACAGGAUCCUAGUGGUAGGUUGUGAUGGAGAAUAUGGAAUUUAUGACUCAGUAACAAAGUCUUGGAAUGAUCCAGGAAACAUCUCUGGAGAUAUUAAGCUGCCGCUGUCAUUCAAUUUUAGGUCACAAGCCAUUUCUAUUGACAGCACCCUGUACUUCAUGCAGUCAGAUCCUGAAGGGAUUGUUUCCUAUAAUAUGGAAACUGGGGUUUGGAUGCAGUACAUAAUCCCAGCGCCAUUGCAUCUGACUGACCACGCACUGGCUGAGUGUGAUGGCCGGAUAUUCCUUGUGGGGUUGCUCACAAAGAAUGCAGCCACGUGUAUAUGCAUAUGGGAGCUGCAGAAGAUGACUUUCUUGUGGAAGGAGGUUGACAGAAUGCCAAACGUAUGGUGCUUGGACUUUUAUGGGAAGCACGUUAGAAUGACUUGCUUGGGAAACAAAGGCUACCUCAUGCUAUCCUUGAGAUCAAAACAAAUGAAUCGAUUGGUUACGUACAACAUAGCAAGGAAGGAAUGGAUGAAGGUUCCUGGGUGUGUGGUGCCACAUGAAAGAAAACGGCGAUGGAUAGCACAUGGUACUGCAUUUUAUCCAUGCCUCACUGCAACGGCUUGA